CCCGGCGCUGCUCUGUGCAUGCCUUUUUGCAGCAUUUUGGAGCUAUUUCGAGCAUCACUACAGCAUUAAAAAAAUCUGUUCAAAUUACGCAUGAGGCCUCUAAAUUGCUUGUUUUCUAGGGGCUGUUUCCCCAGAGCUGUAUUUGGGAAUACAAGGAGAAAGCAACUCAGCUAGGGGUUGUAUGUCUUUGCAGCACUUGAUGUGAAAGAGUUUGAUUGGAGCAUGGAGCCUGUCUCCCCGCUGGAAGCAGGGAUUCCUGCAGGAAAAAACUCACCCGUGCCACAGAAGAAAUUCCGUGUCUUGGUGGGGGUGACUGGAAGUGUGGCUGCUCUGAAGCUGCCCCUGCUUGUCGUGGAAUUGCUGAAAAUCCCUGGGCUCGAGGUGAAGGUGGUCACUACCGAGAGAGCAAAGCACUUCUACAAUGCUCAGGAGAUUCCUGUCACCCUCUAUGGCGAUGAAGAUGAAUGGCAGCUGUGGAAGGAUCGGUCGGACCCCGUCCUGCACAUCGAGCUCCGGCGCUGGGCUGACCUGAUGGUGGUGGCACCUCUGGAUGCCAACACGCUGGCAAAGGUUGCCAAUGGCAUCUGUGACAACCUACUGACUUGUGUCAUCCGCGCAUGGGAUCUGAGCAAACCUCUGCUCUUCUGCCCAGCCAUGAACACGGCCAUGUGGGAGCAUCCCAUCACAGCUCAGCAGGUGGAGCAGCUGAAAGGCUUUGGCUACACGGAAAUCCCCUGUGUGGUAAAGAAACUCGUGUGUGGAGAUGAAGGCCAAGGUGCCAUGGCAGAAGUGUGGACCAUCCUGGAGAGAGUUAAAAGGAUCCUUGAAGAACUGGAUGUGCCAAGGCAGAGCUGAUGUUUUGGCAUGUAGAUGGUGUUUUUGUGCCUUUCUGAUGGUUUAGAGAUAAACCCAGCAGGAAGCCAAGCUGCCUGUGGGUGCCCCUGGUAUGCAUACCUAUAGCUGCUCUUCAACAGAAGGAGCCAACCGUUGUCUUGCAGCUGGUGCCAAACAGUUGGUACAUCACUGCAGACUUUUGAAAACCAAAGCCAAGAAUGUGCUGCCUUAGGGUGAAAAACUCUGUGUAGUAUCUUGCAGACGGGGACUAACAUUCCUGAGACUGUUCAGCACCCUGUACUUCACAGCCUGCUCUGUUCCCAGGAGGCUGCAGAAGGUUUUUCAGCUCCAGUCGUUUCCCCAAGGACUUCUAGAGAGGAGGAUGCUGUGCAAACUCUGGUGAUGGGGAUAACGCCAGCUCCUUCCAGCAUGUGUGGCUUGGACCAUCCCUGCUCUCCGAAGCUCGGUGUGUAGCUGUGCUGGCUGCAUGUUCCCAGCAGGAGUCACUGUCCAAAAAGCAUUUUCCCUCUGGGAACUUAAUAAAAAAGAGUUUUUAAUCCUGCCUCUGAUGAAUUGCCUCCUGUAGCUGCUCUGGAAGGUGUUCACACCUAACAUCUUUGCUAAGUUGUUGUGUCUGCUUGUGUUUUUUUAUCAGAUGUGGAGAAAAAUUGACUGAAAGGAGCGCUCUAACCCCCAAAUUAGCCUUUGCCCUUUUGUAACUGUUGGCUGUUCCAAAAUUCCACCUGCCCAUCCGGGUUCUCCAGUUAGGAAAUUAAGAGGCCGGGCCCUCACAGAAAGCCAGGGUGCAUGUUUCCCAAAGGAAUGAAGUGAAACUUCACCUAUGAUGAUCCUUUUCAGUUUGAAAGUUAACUGACAGGCAUGAAUAAAUUGGGAAAUCCUGUGCCCUCAUGGGCCAGACCAGGGCUCCCCCAGUCCAGUCCAGCCUUUCCUUGGGAAUGUGAUCUUGCUCACGGGGGAAUGGAAGCAAAGCUCUGCUGCUGUAGCAGAGCACUGCUGACCAACAGAGGUUUUUAACUAAACCCAGACAGAUUUAAGGCCUUUGGUACAGCACGUGCAUCUUGCCUGUGGGGGAACCUCCAGCCUGCUGCACACGAGGGAAGAAGUUAACAGGUUAGGUUUGCUUGCCUUAUCUAUCCCACACAAGUAAAAACCUCUGAACUUUCCCUGUUUUGACUCUUCCACUGACAGAGAUCCAGGGAGUCAAAGCUUUUGAGAAGGAUCCUGGUGUGAGCAGAGCAUGUGGCUACUGUGGUUGUGAACUUUGCGUUUUGCCAGGAUUUAUGGUGUGACCUCCUGCAUCAUUUGCUCGUGUUCUUACAUGAUGAAGCUCUCAGCCUCUCAGAGGAUCUUACUUUAAGCUUAUUGAAGGCAGUAAUAGAGAUGCUGUUGGAUUUCCAUGAGUUUUGAUGGUGAAUGUUGUUUCUACUUACAGGGAAAUGUGUGUUCUGGCAGUUACAAUUGCCACUUGCCCUGGGGCUCUGCCAUGGACAUCUCCUGUGGUCAGAGUUGCUUACCUUCCUUCUGGUCCCUGACUUGGCAGCCCAGAAAAUCCAACAGUGAGAUUCCUCAUACCAGGACAAAACACUCUGUCCC